UCUCCGGAGCUUUAGUUGUUGCUCGUCUGAGGUCUGGACGAUGAUUGACAAUAAUGGCGACGGGUGUAUUCUGAGUCGACUCCAGGGAACCCUCUCUGGCUGACAAAGGGAGCACCUCGGAUGGAUUCAUUCACCUCGACGGGACACAAACAACAAGGACGAGCCACCACCUAAAAGAACUACAUUUACCACAAAGACAGGACAGCUGUACACCCUGCUAGCAUUGCGAGAGCUAGCCACUCGGGCUCGCUAGCUCGCUAAGUUGAAGAGGUGGCAUUCUCGUGGAGGAGAGAAGAGGACACUGAGAUCUGACUGGGCUAGCAAUGUGGCUACUUAAUAGGCAUUUGGGCUCACGUGUAUUGGUGUUUCAUUAGGAGGCACUGGCUCGCACACGACGAGUUGUAGUUUUGCAGGAAGGUCCAGGAAGCUAACUUAGCUAGCAGGCUAGCUUUGUGGCUUGUUCCCAGCCUUCUUUCCUGUUUGGACUUGCUCACGUCUGGAAAACUGUGCACAAGAAAGCUACACUACAUUAACCUAAGUUGUAAUAGGUGUGUGUGUCCGGGUUUCUUAAAUGACUACCGGCAGGAACAACAGGGCGAUGAUGGAGGGAGUCGGAGCCAGAGUUGUCCGAGGACCAGACUGGAAGUGGGGGAAGCAGGACGGGGGAGAGGGGCAUGUCGGCACCGUCAGGAGCUUUGAGAGUCCGGAGGAGGUGGUGGUGGUCUGGGAUAACGGGACAGCUGCUAACUACAGGUGCUCUGGAGCUUAUGACGUCAGGAUAUUGGAUAGUGCUCCAACAGGCAUCAAGCAUGACGGAACCAUGUGUGACACCUGCCGCCAACAGCCCAUCAUUGGUAUACGCUGGAAAUGUGCUGAGUGCACCAAUUACGACCUUUGCACAACCUGUUACCAUGGAGACAAGCAUCACCUGAGACAUCGCUUCUACAGGAUCACCACCCCGGGCAGUGAGAGAGUCCUUUUGGAGUCUCGUCGAAAGUCAAAGAAAAUCACAGCCAGAGGCAUCUUCACUGGAGGCCGAGUCGUGAGAGGAGUGGACUGGCAGUGGGAAGACCAAGAUGGAGGCAACGGAAGGAGAGGAAAGGUGACAGAGAUCCAGGACUGGAGUGCAGCCAGCCCUCACAGCGCUGCCUACGUACUGUGGGACAACGGGGCCAAGAACCUGUACAGAGUUGGCUUUGAGGGAAUGUCGGAUCUGAAAUGUGUCCAGGAUGCCAAAGGAGGCUCUUUCUACAGAGACCACUGUCCCGUUUUAGGUGAGCAGAAUGGCAACAGAAAUCCUGGCGGCCUCCAGAUUGGAGACCUGGUCAACAUCGACUUAGACCUCGAGAUUGUUCAGUCCCUGCAGCACGGCCACGGCGGGUGGACCGACGGCAUGUUUGAGACGCUCACCACCACCGGCACAGUGUGUGGCAUCGAUGAAGAUCAUGAUAUCGUCGUCCAGUACCCCAGUGGGAACAGAUGGACAUUUAACCCCGCCGUGCUGACAAAGGCCAAUGUUGUGCGCAGCGGUGACGUAGCAGCCGGGGCGGAGGGAGGCAGUUCCCAGUUCGUAGUGGGAGACCUGGUCCAGAUAUGCUAUGACAUCGACCGCAUCAAGCUGCUACAAAGAGGCCACGGAGAGUGGGCUGAGGCAAUGCUACCUACCCUUGGCAAGGUGGGCCGUGUGCAGCAGAUCUACUCUGACAGUGACCUGAAGGUCGAGGUCUGUGGAACUUCUUGGACGUACAACCCCGCCGCUGUCACCAAGAUUGCCCCCUCUGGCUCUGCUGUCAGCAACGCCUCCGGAGAGCGUCUGUCUCAGUUGCUGAAGAAACUAUUUGAGACGCAAGAGUCCGGAGACAUCAACGAGGAGCUGGUCAAGGCGGCGGCCAAUGGUGACCUGGCUAAAGUGGAGGACAUCCUUAAGAGACCUGAAGUGGAUGUGAACGGGCAGUGUGCUGGACACACUGCUAUGCAGGCAGCCAGUCAGAACGGUCACGUGGAUGUCCUGAAGCUGCUACUGAAACACAACGUGGACCUGGAAGCUGAGGACAAAGAUGGAGACCGGGCAGUGCACCACGCAGCCUUUGGUGAUGAGGGCUCGGUCAUUGAGGUACUGCAGAGGGGCGGUGCUGACUUGAAUGCCAGGAACAAGCGAAGGCAGACUCCAUUACACAUAGCUGUCAACAAGGGACACCUGCAGGUGGUCAAAACCCUGCUGGACUUUGGCUGCCACCCAAGCCUUCAGGAUUCCGAGGGGGACACGCCACUGCACGAUGCUAUAAGCAAGAAGAGAGACGACAUGCUGUCUGUGCUGCUGGAGGCCGGUGCUGAUGUCACCAUCACCAACAAUAACGGCUUCAAUGCGCUACAUCACGCCGCCCUUCGAGGAAACCCCAGUGCCAUGCGUGUGCUGCUAUCUAAACUGCCGCGGCCUUGGAUCGUAGACGAGAAGAAGGACGACGGUUACACCGCACUGCACCUGGCCGCCCUCAACAACCAUGUGGAGGUGGCUGAGCUGUUGGUGCACCAGGGCAGUGCCAACUUAGACAUCCAGAACGUCAACCAGCAGACGGCAUUGCACCUGGCAGUGGAGCGCCAACACACCCAGAUAGUCCGGCUGCUGGUGCGGGCAGAGGCCAAGCUUGACGUGCAGGACAAGGACGGGGACACACCGCUUCACGAGGCACUGCGCCACCACACACUGUCCCAACUGCGACAACUCCAAGAUAUGCAGGACGUCAGCAAAGUGGAGCCCUGGGAACCCUCCAAGAACACAUUAAUCAUGGGCUUGGGCACCCAGGGGGCAGAGAAGAAGAGCGCAGCAUCCAUCGCCUGCUUCCUGGCAGCGAACGGAGCCGACUUGACCAUUCGUAACAAGAAGGGCCAGUCCCCUCUGGACCUGUGUCCAGACCCCAGCCUCUGCAAGGCUCUGGCCAAGUGCCACAAAGAGAAAAGCAGCGGCCCGGUUGGCACCCGCAGCCCGUCUCAGAACAGCAACAUCGAGACGCUGGACGAGUGUAUGGUGUGUUCGGACAUGAAGAGAGACACUCUGUUCGGGCCCUGCGGACACAUCGCCACCUGCUCCCUCUGCUCGCCUCGUGUCAAGAAGUGUCUCAUCUGCAAGGACCAGGUCCAGUCAAGGACUAAGAUUGAGGAGUGCGUAGUCUGCUCCGACAAAAAAGCAGCCGUUUUGUUCCAGCCCUGUGGUCACAUGUGCGCUUGUGAGAACUGUGCCAGCCUCAUGAAGAAGUGUGUACAGUGUCGGGCUGUGGUGGAACGCCGCACUCCCUUUGUUCUCUGCUGUGGAGGGAAAGGUAUGGAGGAUGAUGCCGCAGAUGAUGAUGAUGAUGAUGAUGAGGAUGAUGAUGAUGAUGAUGAUGAUGAUGACCUUACAGGGAGCUCUAACACUAUGGCAGGGGGAUCGCAGGAUCUUCUCCAGCCCAACAAUCUGGCACUAAGUUGGUCCAGCGGAAACAUCCCGGGUCUGCAGAGAGACAAGGACAACACCAACGUCAACGCGGAUGUACAGAAGCUACAGCAACAGCUGCAGGACAUCAAGGAACAGACUAUGUGUCCGGUGUGUCUGGACCGGCUGAAGAACAUGAUCUUCAUGUGCGGCCACGGCACCUGCCAGCUGUGUGGGGACCGAAUGAGCGAGUGCCCCAUCUGCCGCAAGGCCAUCGAGCGCCGCAUCCUCCUUUACUAGACUCCACCCGCCCCCACCCCCCCCCCCACCCCCUAA